ACCAAACACAUGUGAGAAUUAUUUCAUGAAUCAAUGGAUGGAUCACAUUUUCUCUAAAAUAACCACAUUUUUUUUUUGGGUGUGUAGCCUGUUGCGCUUUUUAAUUCUUGCCGCUCUGAGCAUUUCCGCCGAUGGAUUUUGCGUACUUUUCCAUGCUAAAUUUCUUAUCCAUCUGCCAAAAGAAAUUCCCUGCUGCGGGGACAUUUUGAAUUUCUAGAAUAUUUAUUUUUAACGAUGUAGCCCCAUGUUUUUCCUUUUUAGGUUCACACACCCAAUAACCUUUAAUUACAGACCGGAAAGACUUUCUACUUUAAAGGACAGGACCGCGGCAGAGAGCUGGUACCGGUACGAGACAAGACCGCAGGAAUUUUAAGUAUUUUCAUACAGCUCGAAGUAGGUCCUUGGGCCAAGGCAGACUCAUCACAGGAAAAGAAAAAAAGCAGAUAAAGGUGACCUAAAGCUGACGGGAUAGUUCCAACACAGUUCCAGCAUACGUGCAGUCUUACAUAAUAAGGAAAACCGUCAACUUGAUAGAGCAUACCUAUUUAUUCCAUCAGUCUUCAUUGAGCAUCAGGACGAGAGGGCUGUCUGCAUUUACAGUAGCAGUGGUAUUAUAGUGCUAUAUUACAUAUCUCUCAAUCACAAUUUACCUGCCAUUCAAUUCUGUCACGAACGCACACAGAGCAUUCGUUAGCGAAUCAUUGUGUAUUUUUGGAUAUAAUUUGUCACCGAUUGUCAAAAUAAGUAUUGAGUGAGCGGCAGUUGCAGUCUCGUUUGAUUUGUUGGAUGGCGUCAUGGGGCUCUCAUCUUGGCUUCCCUUUGAUUAUCAUUCUCGUUCUUGUGAUUGGCGAUAAAUUGCUGCUGCCGAAAUUGGAAUCGAGUGAACUCGACAACAAGGAACGUUACAUGACAACGGCGGAAAUAAUUCGCAAUCGCGGAUAUCCGCUUGAAAUUCACCACGUAGUGACGGAAGACGGAUACAUUCUAGAACUUCACCGGAUACCGUCCGGACGAAAUGGGAUUUCAGCUAACCGGUCACGACCCAUCUUUCUGCAACACGGCCUUCUGUGGAAUGAUUUUGCCUGGUUGAUGAACCCAACAAAUAAUUCACUUGACGUCUGGAUGGGAAAUUCGAGAGGCAAUAGCAAUUCAAGGAGACAUGUAUCGUUGGAUCCUGAAAAGGAAGAAUACUGGAAAUUUUCAUGGGACGAAAUGGGCCGCCAUGAUAUUCCAGCUUGUAUUGAAUACGUCCUUGACGUCACAGAGCAAAAAAAGUUAGCCGCCUACGUGGGAUAUUCACUUGGCUGUACCCUCUUCUUCAUAGGAGCAAUCAAUAAACCCAAAGUGAAUGAUCAAGUCGACAUGAUGAUCGGACUCGGUGCUACCUCCAGUAUUGCUCAUUUGGACAACUUUUAUUAUUACUUGGGUCUAUUUGUCAAACCGUAUCACUUUUUGCUUCGUAUGACUUGUACCACAGUUUUCCAUUCCAACGACUCAUUUUCCAGCAAUCUGCUGAAAAUGUUUUGCGAUUCCAGCCAGUUCGCCGCCGAAUUAUGCCUGCAUUUACUAUUCCUGAUUUUUGGAUACUCUGAAUCCCAUUACGAGUCUUCGCUCAACGCUAUUCUUGGACACUAUCCAGACGGAAGUUCUGUUGGAGCUGCGAUACAAUUCCUCCAAAAUUCCAUUUCCGGGGAAUCAUUCAAUCACUUCGACUACGGAUGCUAUGAAAACCUGAAAAGAUACGGAUCUUGUACGCCUGCCCAAUAUAAUUUAAGUCUUGUUACGGCCCCAGUGUACCUUAUUAGUGGUGGCAGGGACCCAAUAGCACCGCCAAAGGACAUUAUGUGGUUGGCUUCCAAAUUGGGCAACUUGAAAGCCUCUAUCCAGGUUGACAGUUCAUUCACUCACGGUGAUUUCAUCUGGUCAACGCGAGCAAUGGAGCUCGUUUAUCUCCCUCUAAUUAGACUUCUCCCAAUGCCAUAUCUCAAUAGUUCUAACACAACUGUAUAAUAUUAGAAAAUUGCAUUACAUCAAGUAUUCUUAA